GGGUAAACCCGUGUCUACAGCAGCAAGUGCAGUCGAACUGAGAGGAUUUGUGCCGCCGACGCGCUGAUAACCACCGCACAGAUGCCUGGCCCUAGGCCAUAACGGAUAUCACCCGACAUUUAUUUUUUCAUAUCAUCGUAUGGUUUAGCUGUAGGACGUAGAAUAACAACCGUUUGGUUUCGCCGAGUCGCACCAUCGCUGUUGGUCUUUCAUUUGGAGGGCUCGCCCUUUCUCCGGGAGUCUGAAUGGAAGCAGCAGCCGAGGGAGCAGUUGGGCUGUCAGAGGCGAGACCGUUAUCCGGGGCUACAGCAUCAGAGGAUGCGGACACUGUCAUUGGAAUUAGCUACGGAAGGGACAGUGACAUGGACUAUUCUGCUAGAAAAGCACACAUCACAGAGCUGCCUGGUGUCUCGGGUCUACCUGGCCAGGGGAAGAGGAUGGGCCACAGGGGAGUGGACGCGUCCGGAGAGACCACCUACAAGAAGACCACGUCCUCCGCCCUGAAAGGUGCCAUCCAGCUGGGCAUCGGCUACACGGUGGGCAACCUGAGCUCCAAGCCUGAGAGAGACGUCCUCAUGCAGGACUUCUAUGUGGUGGAGAGCAUCUUCUUCCCCAGUGAAGGCAGCAACCUGACUCCAGCCCACCACUUCCCAGACUUCCGCUUCAAGACCUAUGCUCCUGUGGCCUUCCGCUACUUCAGGGAGCUCUUUGGGAUCAGGCCUGAUGACUACCUGUACUCCCUGUGUAACGAGCCCCUGAUUGAGUUGUCCAACCCCGGGGCAAGUGGCUCUGUGUUCUACCUGACCAAGGACGAUGAGUUCAUCAUCAAGACCGUCAUGCACAAGGAGGCAGAGUUUCUGCAGAAGCUGCUGCCUGGAUACUACAUGAACCUCAACCAGAACCCUCGCACCCUGCUUCCCAAGUUCUUCGGCCUGUACUGCAUCCAAUCUGGCGGUAAGAACAUCCGCAUGGUGGUCAUGAACAAUGUUCUACCGCGCGCCGUCCGCAUGCACCUCAAGUUUGACCUGAAGGGCUCCACGUAUAAACGCUGUGCCUCCAAGAAGGAGAGACAGAAAGCCAAGCCCACCUUCAAAGACCUGGACUUCAUGCAGGACCUGCAGGAUGGCCUGAUGCUGGACCAGGAUAUGUACAGCGCUCUGGUCAAGACCCUGCAGAGAGACUGUUUGGUGCUGGAGAGCUUUAAGAUCAUGGACUACAGCUUGCUGCUGGGGGUCCAUAACAUCGACCAGGCAGAGAGGGAGCAGCAGAUGGAGGGAGGAGAGAAGGAUGAGAAGAGGCCCGUGGCCCAGAAGGCCCUCUACUCCACCGCCAUGGAGUCUAUCCAGGGAGGGGCUGCCUGCGGGGAGUCUAUCGAAACAGACGACACGAUGGGAGGCAUCCCAGCAGUCAAUGGGAAAGGAGAGCGUCUACUCCUCUACAUCGGAAUCAUAGACAUCCUGCAAUCCUACAGGCUAAUAAAGAAGCUGGAGCACACAUGGAAGGCUAUGGUUCAUGAUGGGGACACCGUAUCAGUCCACCGUCCUGGCUUCUAUGCAGACAGGUUCUUCAAAUUUAUGAGCAGCACUGUGUUUAAGAAGAGCUCAUCCUUGAAGUCUUCUCCCAUUAAGAAGGGCCGUGUGGGCCUGACGGUGACUAAGUACACUGGCCCCGGGGCCGCCUGGUCAGCCAGCCAGCUGCCCUCUGAGAGAGACGACAACAUCUACGACCUGAGAGGAGCACGCAGCUUCCCCACGCUGGAGGACGAGGGGCGACCAGACCUCCUCCCCUGCACCCCUCCGUCAUUUGAGGAGGCGACCACAGCCUCCAUCGCCACCACGCUCUCCUCCACCACCUCUCUGUCCAUCCCAGAGAGGUCUCCCUCAGACGCUGGAGCAGAGCACCGCUACAGGUAUCAGAACAACAGCUCUGAGAGAAGGAGGCACACCCAGUCUGUCAGCCAUGACGGGAGGACUCAGGAGGAGGUGCAUGAGGAGGAGCAGCAGACCAUCACGGUGGAGGUGGAGGUGAAGAGACACGACAGCGAGCCCACCAUCACGGCCCCACAGCCCUCUCCAGAGACCAGUGAGUUACCAGAAUUAGCCUCUGCUGCUGCCUCUCCCCCAGCCCCUGGGGCCCCUGCUGAAGCCUCUGCUGAGACCCCUGGCCCAGGGGCCACUGUCAGUCCCAAGGUUGUGGUUGUGGAGGCUGAGCGGGACCGCCGGGGCAGCACAGUGUCUGGGUCCGGAUGCACCAGCCAAGCCUCCCAGGAUGACGAGGAUGACGUGCCAAUCACAGACAUCUACUUUCCCCCUGAGGACAAGACCUGGGUGUACUCCCCUCUGCACUACGGCAGUGAGUCUCAGACCUUGCCGGAUGGGGAAGGGGAGGAGAGCGAGACAAGCUGAGAGGAUGAUUCCGUGGAGAGAGGAGCCAUCAGACUGAUCCCCGGGCCUCUGAUUGGCAGGCAGCGGAAGCAUUCCAAUCCAGAACUGUAUUUUAAACCAUGGAUACAAAAACAAAACAGACUAAAUACUGUGAGGGAAACCCCCUCGACAUCCCGUAGUCACAGUGGUGAUGAUACUGUAUGAUCGAUUCCCCUCCUUUCAACCCACCCCAACCCCAAAUUGCCAUACCAGAAGAAAUGCAGGAACUCAAAUUGCUAGGCUACACAUCUAGCAUGCCCCAUAAAAACAUGGGCAUUGAGGCAACUCUGCUAAUCCUCUCACAUUCCCAAAUGUCGAUACAGUCAAAUGGUCACAUGUAUUUCAUUGAUAUCAUGUUAAUUUAUAUUGUGAUUUUUCUUAGUCUAUUAUUGUUUUUUAAAUAUUUUUUAUUUGUGCACUUUUUUCAGACAUUUUUUAGUACUGUGAAUAUAUUUAGUUAUGUUGUGUGCUUCAUAUGUAGCUCUAGCAGCAAUAUUAACAAUGUUUUCUAGCUCUAGCAGCAAUCUUAACGUCGCUAUCGAAGUGGUACUUUACCGCUAUGUUGAAUGGUAUUUUACCGUUAUGUUGAAUGGUAUUUUACCACUAUGUUGAAUGGUAUUUUACCACUAUGUUGAAUGGUACUUUACCAUUGGAGAGGGAACACUUUAUUUCCAAUAGAUUAAAAAUUAUCUAUAGAAUGUGUUUCAGAAAACAUGACUUGGUAAAUCUCAUAAGCCUAAUGUAUUAUUUUGCAGGUUUGUUUAUUCGUUGUUAUGUAUUUAUUUUGCCAUUUCUAUCACAGUAUUGCUACAGGCUUCUAGCCUCAAAACCAGAUCAUUGCAACACUAAAUAAGGUUGGGUAUUGUCAAUUAUUUCAAAAUCCUACAUCAUUACAAAGUCUUCCAGAACCGCCCAACUUUCAGAGAAAUGCAAACAAAUCAUUUUCUAAGCAUAAUGAUUCAUUGAGCUGUGUUAAUGUCAUGAAAUACCAAUAUUUCAGCAGUCAAAACUUGACUCUGAAUGUUAGCUCUGCUGGAGGGGAUUUAGGCUAAUGGAUUUGAUUACUUAGGCCAAAACACUCACAGUAUCACGUAUGUCCAGAAUUAAUUAAUACUUCUGUUAUUUAGUAAUAGUUAAUCUAAGAGGGAUUUCACGCUGCUCUUAGACAGCACUUUAAUGUAUCAACCAUCAUCAGAUGUGAAAGUGAGGUCUUCAUCACAAUCAUCUGGUAUAGGAUUAGUGGUAUAGUAUUUAUGUGAAUUCCAUGUUUUAAGGUUUAAAUUGUGUUUCAAUAUGUUUUUAUUCCUUUUCUGUUUCACACUUGGCUGUUUAAGUUAGUUGGUGUGUUUGUAUGUCUGUGCGGGACGGAAGGCGUCAAUGUCAAAACUUGUAAAAUACCGAUCAUUCUAUCAUAAUGUGCAGUGGCCAGUUGUAAUCAGUUGCUGUUGUCCAUGUCAUCAAGAGACCAUAGCAGCAGUAUGUUGUACAGUACAGGUGUAGUCUUAGUUUUAAUUGCCUUAUUGAGAAAUUAAAACGUAUCAUAUUGAUGUUUUUUUUCAUAGUAGUGCUGUUGUAUUUAUUAUUUUCAAGUCCUUUUUUUCAAUACUGUAGUUGUGAGCCAGAAAAUGUGUAUAUACAAUUAUAAAUACAUAUAUAAAGAUUAUAAAUAUAUUUUCCAUUUGAAUUGGAGAAUAUUAUUUUUAUUUGAUUACAUUUUUUGCUGCUGGCAGGAAAUGAUUAAGAGCUACACAUGAUUUACUGUACCAUGUUCUUCAAGGUGUUGACAUGAUGCAGCUCGAUUUAUGGUUUAUAAAUCACAGCUGUUUUCUUUUUUUUUUUGUAUGAUAUCCGUUACUGAAGAGUUGUCAGUUUUACUGUACCAGUUUAGUGUACAUGUUUUCAAAUCACAGUGUGCCCUCCUUUACAGAGACAUAGCAUGGUUUAAAAAUGAAUAUGCAUAUCAGAAAUAUGUAUCUAUGUAUAUCUGUGUAUAUUCAUCUAUUUAUACACGAGAAUAAAUAGAUGGCUGUAUGUCUGUGUGUGUUUGGACUCUUACGAUGAGAAUGUAUAUAAAAUAAAGCAGUUCUAUGUCUAUGA